AUGAAGGGAAACAUUCAAGACUCCUCGUUUGUGGUCACCACGGGUCCACCGCAACAAGACAAGCGUCAGAGAAUCAGUCAUGUGCGUUCGUAUAUUAGGAAGUCUCGUCUCCAGCAGGAACAAAAGCUGGCCCGGCGUCGAUCGGCGAUGAGACCCCCAGAGCGCCCGCUGAAAAAGGAAAUGGAUCUCUCUUGGCUGCCGGUUUCUGAUGCUGUUCGCGUUAGACUGAGAACCUUUCUCCAUCACUACAUCGAGGCAAGCGCAGAAAUACACCCAUUCUUCUACUCUGUAGUUCCUGCUGUGGACUUCCAUGUACCACUAAUGAGUGCCAAGCUUGUGAACGCAUCUGCAUGGGAUGAUCUUAAUACAAAUGGCGAAAUUGGUAAUUUGACUUUCUUUCAGCGGAGCAUUGCGGAUGAAAUAAUGUCAGAUUACCUGGCGGAAUCGCAAUUGGGAAACAGUGAUGCCAAUCUCCUCGCAUUUCUCACGCUACUAGCGUUUGAGAUUAUUAACGAUGAUCGAAAGGCUUAUAACCGAAUUAAAAACAAAGCUUAUCAACUCGUUAGUAUGCGUGGCGGACUGGACAAGCUGGGCUUUGGUGGCAGUCUAAAAAUUAGUCUCUUAUUAAUGGAUCAACUUGAAAGGGUUGUUUUACACUUUCCUCCGGAGGAGACUACACCUCGCUGGGAACACCGCGCAUCAGAAUUGCUUUUGCUGCAACCCCCUGACUUCAAGAUAUUCACAAUCCACCCAUGCCAAAAGGAUUCAUGGUCGGGAAUUUCUACAAUCAGGCUUCUGAGUGACUUUUAUCAAUUGGUCACUUUUCCGAUAAGAUACCGACUCUUGUCUGAUGACCUGACUUGUCAGAAGCACAUAUUAUCUGAGUGGUAUAUCCUUCGCGAUAGACUAUUAAUGGCAUUAAAGACGAAUUCCUUCUCUCAUGAGACAAAAUUCGAUGGGAUCUUGCAGAAAGCUAUCCUUUUAUUCAUCUCAGAUGAACUCGAUUCGCACUCGCGCCACAGACACGUGAUUGAAUUUCGACAUCUUCUUUGUGAGUUCAGAAUAGAGAUUUACAGUGGCCCUUUACUUGGUGCUCUGAUUUGGUGUUUGGCUAUUGGGUCCCGACAUACCUCUCCUGGGAGCAUUCGCAAAUGGUUUAUGAUGCAACUCAUGAGGGUCGCAUGCCCGUUGUCUUUGGAUUAUUAUGAUGAAGUGUCGAAUAACCUCAACAUUAUACUCACAGGACUGGAUGCAGUGAUAACCUUGGGAAAUGUCGAGCGAAAAGUUGACUCAUGA